AUGACCGUUACCAUGAGCGUAAGCGCGAGUGAUACAGCUCCCACAACGCAAUACCUAACAGGCCUCAAACUAUUUACCAUCCUCGCAAGCCUCACACUAGUCACCUUCCUCGUCUUGUUAGACUCCUCAAUCAUCGGCACUGCAAUACCCCGCAUCACGACAGAAUUUCACUCACUCCCAGAUGUCGGAUGGUACAUUGGAGCCUACUCGCUGGCCACAGCAACUCUACAGCCGAUGUCUGGGAAGUUGUACACAUAUUUCAGGAGCAAGGCCGUUUUCCUCUCUUUCGUCUUUAUGUUCGAGCUUGGGUCUUUGAUCUGCGCGGUGGCGAGAUCGUCUGUGGUGCUUAUUGUAGGAAGGGCGAUUGCGGGAUUGGGCGCUUCGGGUAUCUAUACUGGGGCGAUGAUUGUGCUUACAGGCGCUGUGCCCAGAGAGAAGAGUCCGUUUUAUACGGGGAUACUUUUUGGGACAAGUCAGAUGGGGAUUGUGCUUGGUCCGCUUAUUGGUGGUGUUCUUACUGAACAUGUCUCGUGGCGGUGGUGCUUCUGGAUUAACCUACCAAUUGGCGGUGUAGCGGCUGCUGUGAUUUCUCUCAUCCGCAUCCCUGAGGUCAUAACGAAGCCGCCAUUCUCGAUGGCGCUUGUUCAAAAGAUCAUCCCACAUCUUGAUUUGAUCGGCUUUGCGCUCUUCGUCCCAUGGUCCGUUAUGCUCCUUCUUGCCCUCCAGCUGGGCAGCAGUGGCGCUUACUCAUGGGACUCCCGAAUGGUGAUAGGCCUUUUCUGCGGCACAGGCGUAUGCAUCAUAUGUUUCGCUGUAUGGGAGAAACAUAUGGGCGACCGAGCUAUGGUGCCAGUUACGCUAUUGCGCAGACGUUUCAUAUGGACUAGCUACGUGUACGGGUCAUGCGUUACUACUUGUAUGGCGACAGCUAGCAAUUGGCUUCCGACGUACUUUCAGGCAGUUAAGGACAAUGGCCCGACGGCCAGUGGUGUCUACGUACUUCCUAGUAUUCUCAGCCAGAUACUUCUGGUGGUUGUUACUGGCGCUGCGGUUGAGCGCACGAGAUACCAUCUCCCCUUCGCAUUCAGCGGUGGUGUCAUCACAGCAAUCGGCAACGGCCUCGUAUCAACCUUCACCGCAUCGACCAAUACAGCGACAUGGAUUGGCUACCAGAUAGUCAUGGGCGGCGGUAGAGGCCUGUGUAUGCAAAUGGCCCUGGUAGUGGUACAAAACGCCGUUUCGCCCGCCGAAUACCCCGUCGCGAUAGCCUGCCUCAUCUUCUUCCAAUUCCUCGGUAGCUCCAUUACCAUCGUCAUCGCAAACACUAUUUUCGCGCAAACGCUCACAACCGCGAUUCCUCGCUAUGCGCCCUCGAUAUCGCCGCGCGCGGCACUGCGUGCUGGGUCUGGCGCUGGCGCUGUUCGUGCGCUAGUGCCGGCUGGACAUGAGGGUGAGCUUAGCAGUUUACUGAGGGCGUAUUCGGAGAGUUUGCGUAAUGUGUUUUACUUUCUGGUGGGGGUGGCGUGUUUGGCUACGGUUGUGAGUUUGGGGAUGGGCUUGAGAAAGGACAAAGAAGGAGAGAAGGCGACAGAGGUGUCGGAUGAGGAGCGUGGGGAAGAUGAGUCAAUGGCCGAGGCACGUGGGUAA